UUCAUUUCUACACAAAACCUUUUCACUUUGAAAAGCGGCUGUAACGCGUUUAUGCCGACUGUGAAAACGGCCAGAAAAUAGCAAAGCAUUCAUUUUUAAAUGGAUAUAAUUUUUAACUACAACCCAAGUUACAGACCUGUGUGAUAAAAAGCGUAAUGUAAAAAUAAACAAUAUUACUAUUUUGUUAUUUUAAUUUGUAAUAUUUUUACUGUAAACCGAGUAGAUCGCGCAGUGGACAUUGUGGUGGUCAGCGUGCGGAUUUGCGUCGUUUCUAAGUUGGAUAAACUUUUUUAUCAAAACAGAAGGGGAGCACCGUGGACACAAGGUUUAGGUGAUGGGGACUUUUGUUUGACGCCAUUUUGUGUAUGCAUGUCGACUCUGCAGAUCAAACCCUGAAUAGUUGACAUGCCACCUGGGAUGGUGUGUGUGACUUCUCUUUUCACCAUACUGUGUUGCUGCGCGGUCACCCAGAGUUCAGCUUCUUCCAGACAACAUCCCACUUUUUUACGCAAUGACACCUACUUUGAGCACCUGGCUCUGCAUCCUGACCCUUCAGUGGGUCGAGUGUAUUUAGGUGGCCGUGAUCGACUUUACCAGCUUUCUUCAGAUCUUCAGCUUGAGGCAGAGGAAGAGACGGGGCCUGUGAUAGACAGUCGUGAAUGCCUUCCCCCCAUCAGUGAAGCAAACUGCCCACAAGCACAGCUGACCAAUAACCACAACAAGCUACUACUUGUGGAUCCUUACAGUCAGCAACUCAUCAGCUGUGGAAGUGUUCAUCAAGGAAUAUGUCAGAAACGAAGUUUGGAUGCAGUAGGGAAAGUGAUUUUCACUGCAGAAAGGCCUGUGGAUACACAAUAUGUGGCUGCUAAUGACCCCAGCGUGUCUACAGUAGGACUUGUGGCACUCACAAGAGGACGUGGGGUACAGCAGCCAAUGUUAUUCGUUGGACGUGGUUACACCAACAGUCAACCUCCAAUAUCUACUCGAAACUUAGUUACAGAACCCGUUUUCUCGUAUGAAGAAACUUCAAAGUUAGCAGUAGCUGGAAGGCUUUCGGAGUACGACCAUCAUUUCGUGACCUCAUUUACACAUCGUUCUUAUGUCUACUUUAUGUUCUAUCGAAGGGACUUAAAGUCACAAUCGAGGGAAUAUCGCACAUAUGUUUCCCGUAUGUGUUUGGAUGACACUGCGUAUUAUUCUUAUGUUGAAGUUCCAUUAAGUUGCCGUUCAUCCAGAGGAAAGAAUUAUAACCUCCUGCAAGCUCUACAUGUUGGCCUGCCAAAGUUUGGCAAAGUUUGGGGAAGGGAAAAUGCAGCUACUUCAGAACAAGAGGUCCUGUUGGGAGUGUUUUCAAGUCAUUUCGCUUCCUCAAGCCGGCCCAACGAAGAGUCUGCAGUAUGCGUGUUUUCACUCGAAGAAGUGGAUAAACGUAUCAAUUCCACAAGAGAUCUGUGCUACACUGAAAUGGGUCGUGCAGAUGGACAGGAGGCUGCAUACAUUGAGUAUGAAGUCAAAUCAAACUGUGCCAAUCUUCCAGCGAACACUUUAGAUGCGUAUCCAUGUGGCUCUGAUCACACUCCUAGUCCAAUGGCUAGCCGGGUGCUGGUGGAAGCUGAGCCAAUAUUUGACAGCCCAUCUGUCCGUCUCACUGCUGUGGCUGUGAGUGUCAGGGAGGAGCACACUAUUGCCUUUUUAGGGGACUCACAAGGAAACCUACACAAGGUGUUUCUUGGCCCAAAUGGUGAGGUGGAAGAAUAUGCAGAAAUCUCCAUCCAGCCCAAUGUGCCAAUAAGCAGAGAGCUGAGGCUUGACCAUCAAGAAAAACAUCUGUACAUCUUGACAAGUAACAUGCUAGAGAAGAGGCCUGUAGCAGAGUGUGAAAAGCAGUUGGAUUGUCAGUCCUGUCUGAUGGCUCAUGAUCCAUAUUGUGGCUGGUGUGUUCUUGAGGGAAAGUGUGGCCUGCGUAGCGAGUGUAGUAAUGGGAAUCAGAAAGAUCAGUGGCUGUGGAGCUUUGACAUUGAACAACAAUGCCUGAGUGUGACGUUUCUCAAUCCAUCCAACAUCAGCCGAGAAGAGAGGAGAAAUAUCUCUUUAGCAAUACCGGGUCUUCCCAGACUGGAUCAAGGACACAAUUAUUCAUGUGUCUUCCUGGGCAAGCCAAGUUUGGCUAUUGUAACAGAGACCGGUGUCAUCUGCUCCUCUCCACACAUAAAUACAUUGCCAUCUGUGCCACCUGGACAAGAUUCUUUUACAGUCAUGCUGUCUGUACAAUUCCGUGAUGUUGUUGUGACGUCUCAAGAAUUCACCUUUUAUGAUUGCACUUCAGUCAAACAGCUUGCAGGAAGCUUGCCCUGCCAUGGUUGUGUGCAAAGUCACUGGGGAUGCAAUUGGUGUGUGAAACAACAUAUGUGUACCCACAAGACUGUGUGCGAUGAGGGAUUAAUAAUCUACAAUGAACAUUGGAAAUCUCUCCCUACGUUACCUCCUGCAACCAAAGCUUCCAGAGCCGCAUUCAUGACCUUUCCAGUCACAACACACAAAAGCCCUGAAACCAUGGCUCAUACUAAACCUCCAACCACUGCCGCAGUAAUAACUGAAUCUCUAACUUCUACACCAUCAUUAACCUCUCCUGGCCCUGUGAAACAAACGCCGUCCACUAAGAUUUUUUCUUCUUUCAAGCCGUCUGCUGUGCCCACAAGUGCCUCUCUCGCAGCCACACUUCAGCCAGCUUCCACACCCUCUCUGCUUGAGGAGAUCCUCUCAGAAAAGGAGCUUCUUGUUACUGAUAUUGAAUCAGUGGCAUUGAGCGAGACUGAAACUGAUGUGGUGACUCUUACUGGUUUAGACGCGGUAGUAAAAACGGAGUUGCCUUCAGUCGUGGAAGCUGCUGAAGAGCAAAGAGUCUCACUGCCAUCAUCAUCAUCAUCAUCAGCCGUAAUCGAAAUGUCCACAGAAACUCCACCACUGAUAGAGCCAGUCACACGUGAUACUUUUCUCACCAGCACCCCUCGGAUGUUUGCAGAAAGAUUGAAUGUAACCAAUGAAACACAAACUGCAGUUUUACCUCCAAGUCCAGAAGCAGAUGGAUCUGAAACGGACACCAAUGACUUUUUGCCGAUAUCUGAAAGGGUUUCGCCUGCAAUGCCUUCAGAGAAUCGGAUCAGCACUGACCAUGAAGCAGCUCAGUUGGCUCCACAGGAAACCGAGGAGGUGGAACUGCUGGAAAAUGACAAUUCAACCUUUUCUGCCGCCACAGUAUUAUCAGGGGAUGGAGAAUCAGACAGUUAUCCAUCAGUUUAUCUCCACAGCUCAGACAUAGAUGCUGAUUACCAGUACGACUCGGCAGAUUUACUGGCUGACGAAGGCGCAUUUGUCAAUUGGGGAGCAUCUGCAUGUCCGUGUGUGGAGAAGAUUCAAGGAUCCUCUCUGCUCCCUGUCCAAACUCAGAGAAAAAUCUCUCUGCUGGCUCGCAACUUGCAGCUCUAUCAGGACCAGGAGCUGGCAUAUGAGUGUGUAUUGGUGAUCGAGGGCCAAACUGUGGUGGUUGAUGCAGAUGUUGCACAGAAUGAGGCGAAUCCUUUGCUGUUUGACAUCACUUGUCUUGCUCAUCAGUAUGCAUAUGCAGAGCCUGUUAGGGAGUAUAAUGCCAUGGUGUAUGUGAAGAGAAAAGACACUUUUCAUAUCGACAGCUCUGAUCUUUAUGUGACGUUAUAUAACUGUUCAGUUGGACACUCGGACUGUAGCCGCUGUCACACUGCCGAUCAGAAGUACCGCUGUGUGUGGUGUGGGAGCACUUGUGUUUACAAAGGAUCCUGUUCUCAACACAUUCAGAUGACCUGUCCUGCUCCGCUCAUUCAUUUGGUGGAGCCUUUGUCAGGACUGGUGGAAGGAGGAAUUACUUUGACUGUUUCUGGCUCUAACUUGGGCCAGAAAGCUCAGGAUAUCCUUCAGUCUGUGACCGUUGCAGAUGUGCCCUGCACUGUUAUACCACAUCUGUAUGAAAUAUCUACCAGAAUUAUAUGUACAACUACAGCAAGUGGCAAGGAGAAGUCUGGUCACAUCUCGGUGAGAGUUUCUGGUGGAGGUUUCGGCUUGUCAAGUCAGAUAUUCAGCUACCAGGACCCGCAUCUGUUUGAGGUUUCUCCUCAGAGGGGGCCAAAAGCAGGAGGAACUACUCUGACAAUCACAGGCAGGAAUCUUUUGACUGGCCGCGUUACCGAUAUCAGUGUCCUGCUGGGGAAUGUGCCCUGUUCAUUAAUAUCAGGUGUUCAGGAGAACUCUAUCAGGUGUCAGACUGGAGCCAGUAACAGGACUGGAGAACAUCAAGUAACUGUGCGCUAUGGAAACAAUGAGCGACGUCUCCCUGGCACCGGCUACUUCUAUACCCCUGACCCCAACAUCACAGACGCCAUGCCCUCCAAGAGCUUUAUCAGUGGAGGUCGUGUAAUUAAAGUCUCAGGCCAUAACUUGGAUGUGGUACAAAAACCUCGGAUGCGAGUGACGGUGUUCCCAACAGACUCCAUUUCCACCUGGAAAAAACAAAGACGAAGGAGAAAAACUAGAAGUACAACAGAUGUGGAAGUGCUGGAAACUGACUGUACAGGAAACACACACUGUUCUGUCAAACAGUUUGAAGAGCACUGUGAGGUGCAGACCUCCUCUCUGUUAUUGUGCUGGACCCCUGGUGUAGAUGCUGAAGUACUCAGCGGAAAUAUGCACGUUGAGUUUCUGUUGGAUAAUUUACGCUUUGACUUUAACUCUGUCAGUCAGUCACCUUUCACUUAUAAGCCCAACCCAAUCCUCCAUCCGCUGAACCAUCGAGAUCCCACAAAGCCAUAUCGCUACAAACCUGGAUCGGUCAUAUCAGUGGAGGGUGAGAAUUUAGACUUUGCCAUCUCCAAAGAGGAAGUAGUAGCACUGAUUGGUGAGGGCGUUUGCACUGUUAAAACUCUGACACAUAAUCACCUUUACUGUGAGCCUCCGUCCCAGCAACCCCCCCUCUCCCUCAGGCAUGGACGCAAGCGAGAGGGAGCUGAGGCCUUUCCAGAGUUUAUAGUCCAUAUGGGAAACCUGAACUUUUCGCUGGGUCAAGUGCAGUAUGAUUCUCUCAGUCACUCCAUCUUUCCUCUGGUGGCACAGAUUGGGGUUGGAGCAGUUGCUUCUCUGGUUGCUCUUAUUGUACUCAUCAUAGUGUUUAUAUACAGGAGAAAAAGUAAACAGGCUCUGAGAGAUUAUAAAAAAGUUCAAAUUCAGCUGGAGAAUCUAGAGACAAGUGUGAGAGACCGCUGCAAAAAAGAGUUUACAGACCUGAUGACUGAAAUGAUGGAUGUGACGAGUGAUCUUGUGGGAUCGCGGAUCCCUUUCUUGGAGUACCGCAUGUAUGCUGAGCGCAUCUUUUUCCCUGGACACCGCGAGUCUCCGCUUCGCAGAGACCUUGAUGUGCAGGAGUGUCGGCGGGCCACGGUGGAGCAGGGACUCAUUCAGUUAUCUAAUCUCCUAAACAGCAAACUUUUCCUCACAAAGUUUAUCCAUACUCUUGAGAGCCAGAGGACGUUUUCACCCAGAGACAGAGGAUAUGUGGCUUCUUUGCUCACCGUGGCUCUUCACAGUAAGCUGGAGUACUUCACUGACAUCCUCAAAACAUUGCUGAAUGAUCUGGUGGAACAGUACAUCGCCAAGAACCCUAAACUCAUGCUCCGGAGAACUGAGACGGUAGUGGAAAAGCUCCUGACUAACUGGAUAUCCAUCUGCCUAUAUGGCUUCUUAAGGAAUUCAGCUGGUGAGUCUCUGUACAUGCUCUUCAGAGCCAUUAAGCACCAGGUGGAUAAAGGACCUGUGGAUGCAGUGACAGGCAAAGCCAAAUACACCUUAAAUGAUAACCGCUUGCUGAGAGAGGAUCUGGAGUACCGCACUCUGACGGUGAACGUCUUGAUGCAGGGAAUAGGCAUGAAUGAGGCUCAGCCGGUUGCUGCUAAAGUUUUAGAUUGUGACACUAUAACCCAAGUGAAGGAGAAGAUUCUAGACCAGGUGUACAAGGGCACCUCAUUCUCUCAUCGACCACAUACUGACUCUGUAGACUUGGAAUGGCGCUCUGGCGUAGCUGGUCAUCUAAUCCUGUCAGAUGAAGAUCUAACAUCUGUGGUUCAGGGCAACUGGAAACGUCUCAACACGCUCCAGCAUUAUAAGGUUCCAGAUGGAGCAACUGUUGCUUUGGUGCCACGCCAUAGCAAACACAUUCACCAUGAUACCCACGAUUACAUCGCUGGCGAGAAGACGCCCAUGCUGGAGGAUGCAGAUGAAGGAGGAGUGAGGCUGUGGCAUCUGGUGAAGGCCAGCGAGGAGCCAGAGUUACCCAAACACAGACGAGGCAGUUUAAAAGAACGAGAACGAGCCAAGACCAUUCCAGAGAUUUAUCUCACGCGGCUCCUGUCAAUGAAGGGUACACUGCAGAAAUUUGUGGAUGAUCUGUUCACAGUUAUUCUAAGCACUAGUCGACCGGUUCCUCUGGCAAUCAAAUAUUUUUUUGACUUGCUGGAUGAUCAGGCAGUCCGCCAUGGCAUUUCAGACUCUGAGACUAUUCACAUCUGGAAAACCAACAGUUUGCCUCUGCGAUUCUGGAUCAACAUUGUGAAGAACCCUCAGUUUAUCUUCGAUGUGCAGGUGUCUGAUAAUGUGGAUGCAGUUCUGUCAGUAAUUGCUCAGACAUUCAUGGACUCUUGCACUACCACAGAGCACAAGCUGGGCCGGGAUUCACCUAUUAAUAAGCUGCUGUAUGCCAGAGAUAUCCCUCGCUACAAACAGAUGGUUGAACGAUAUUAUGCAGACAUCAAGCAGACUAUCUCAGCCAGCGAUCAGGAGAUGAACUCUGCUCUGGCUGAGCUCUCCAGGAAUUAUUCUGGAGAAUUAAAUUACUUGGUGGCCCUGCAUGAGCUCUAUAAGUACAUCAACAAAUACUAUGACCAGAUUAUCACAGCCUUGGAGGAAGACACCACUGCUCAGAAGAUGCAGCUUGGCUACCGGCUUCAGCAGAUCGCCGCAGCUGUAGAAAAUAAAGUGACAGACUUGUGAUCAAGGACAAAGUCAAAGUGAAACCAAUAAGAGCAAAGAAACUCAUGGGGGUGACUAUGAACACACGGUAAAAGUACUUUAGGUACAGCGUCAGUUGCAAAUAUGGGGAAGAUUUUCACAUUUUGAUAUCUACUAACGGAAAUGACUGAAACGGUGUAGAACGGUGCAGUCUUUGAAUGUAGGAAUGGGAUGAUUUUGUUCAGAAAUACUGUAUAUAAUAACAGUAUUCCCAUUAGAGUUGGUCAGAUGUCCUUUUUCAUUUGUUUUUUAUAAACCUGGAUGCCUUGAGUUCAUGAAUCUACUCCCAGUGGAGGUGUUUUUCUGCAGAAGAAAACAAAUAAGCUUUUUGCUUGGACUUGACCUUAUUACAGAACACGAUGAGAUGUUCUGUCUACCUCUUCUUUCUUCAUCUAUGUGUGUGGUCUUUGCUUCGCUAACAUUCUUCUGCUCAGCACAUUUGCUCCUGUUCACUGGUUGAAACAUUUGAAUGUGAUUUUAAGAUUUUGCUAAACUGUCAAAGAAACGACCCCAUGAAUAACACGUUUUAAAUG